AUGGCAAUGGAAAUAUCAGUGAUCAGUGUGGGAGCUGUACUUUUAGUUGUACUGCUGUUUCUGCUGAUUUGCAUAUAUGAUCAAAGAGACAAAUCCACACAAGGACAUCACAAGGGAAUAGUUGAAUCUAGACUUCCGCAGUAUCUCUAUCAGUUUCUUCCCUACUCCUCGUCUCCCUCCCUCCCAGGUCCUCCAAGCCUCUUCCUCAUUGGCAAUAUGAUGGAGCUGACACAUGAUCAUCUACCAAUUCACCUGACGAAUCUGGCACAACGCUAUGGAAACAUUUACCGGCUUAAAUGUGGAAACACUACCAUGGUGGUACUUAAUAGUAGUGAAGUCAUAAGGGAAGCACUGGUGAAGAAAUGGUCUGACUUUGCUGGGAGACCAAUUUCAUACACAGGAGAUAUUGUGUCUGGGGGAGGGCGCUCCAUUUCUCUGGGAGACUAUAGCGAGGAAUGGAGGGCACAUCGCCGUCUUGUCCACAGUGCCUUGCAGCGUUGCUGCCAGCAGUCUUUACAUGCUGUGAUUGAAAGACAAGCAGUGCACCUGCGAAAGGUUUUGAUGGACUAUCAAGGCAGUGCUGUAGAUCUCUCAGAGGAUUUCACAGUGGCAGCCAGUAAUGUGAUCACCACUUUGGCUUUUGGAAAAGAAUAUGACAAGAGUUCUUCAGAACUGCAGCAGUUGCACAACUGUCUGAAUGAGAUCGUUGGUCUGUGGGGCUCUUCUUGGAUUUCUGCUCUGGACUCCUUCCCACUGCUCCGAAAAUUACCCAAUCCUGUGUUUGCCCGUCUCCUUAAAGAGGUGGCCAGGAGAGAUGAAAUUAUAGGAAAACACCUCAACAACUACAAGUCACAAGACACGAAAACUGAAGACGCCAUCACAGGCUCACUCCUCCAGGGCCUUGACAAACAUCACAACACAGAACAUGGAGCGCUCCUGACAGAUACUCACGUUCACAUGGCCACUGUGGACCUUCUCAUUGGGGGAACAGAGACCACUGCGGCCUGGCUGAACUGGACUGUAGCUUUCCUCUUGCACAGACCAGAGGUGCAGACAAGGGUGUAUGAGGAGUUGUGUACAGUAUUAGAGGGACAAGACCCCAAGUACAGUGACAGACAUAAACUUCCUGUCUUGUGUGCUCUGAUCAGUGAGGUGCUCAGACUCAGGCCAGUUGCCCCACUGGCGGUGCCACACAGAGCCAUCAGAGACAGCAGUAUUGCAGGUUAUUUCAUCCCUAAAAACACAGUCAUCAUUCCAAAUCUUUUUGGCGCACACCAUGACCCUGGAGUUUGGACUGACCCAUACAGCUUCAAACCAGAGCGCUUUCUGGAAGGAGGGGGAGGCUGCACCCGUGCCCUGAUGCCUUUCGGAGGGGGGGCUCGGCUCUGCCUGGGGGAGUCUAUUGCCAAAAUGGAGCUCUUUCUGUUCACUGCGUACUUGCUGAGAGAUUUCCAGUUCAUCCCUCCUGAGGAUGAGGCCUCUCUGCCCAACCUGAGAGGAGUUGCUAGUGUUGUGCUCAAGAUCAACUCCUUCAAAGUUAUAGCACGUCCAAGACCAGUGGCCUGA